GAAGGCUGGUAGUAGGGAAAGGCAACCGCACGCCGCCAGUUAUGCCAGGGUACACCGUGAUCGUGGAUAGAACGCGAGUCAGUUGCACUCCGACCGUCGCGGUGGAAUGUCGUCGUUCCCGGGACGCAGCCGUCAUCGUCACCCGGGUAACACGUAAUCACGGCAGUGAGGAUAUUCGCCGCCGUGUGGACGGACGUGUGUAGUUGGUGGUUUUGCACCGCGCUAUUUGUUUGGAAUGAGCGAUCGGCGCUCGGGCGAUACGCGCGCGCGGACGACGAGGUCGAGGGCCGUCGCUUUGUGUCGAUCGGUGUGAGUCGUGUGUCGUGUGUCUUGGCCGACGGCAACGAGAAUCGGCGAGAAUCGUACGAUCAAGCGUGCUUCCGGCGCGUUCUGCCGCGUGGCGUGUCGUGGAAACCAAGUGUACAGUUGAAACCGAGUGCCGCGGCUAUGAGUGCGUGACGAUACGACCGUUUCUCUCGACCACGAGUAUCUUCCGGCCACAAGGAGCGCGUCUGCGGAAACGUCCAGAAUGGAGGCGCGUCGUUGCGUAGCGUCGUGGUCGCGACCGGCGAUCCGGUCGGCGAUCGUUGUUUUGUGCUUGCUUCUGGAUUAUUGCACGGUGCACGGGCGCAGCAUCACGAGUCUCGAGGCGCCGAGCGGUUGCCAGUGGAGAAACGACAACGAGGACAGUGAGAAGGAUCUGAUCUGCAAAAUCCGAACGAUCGCGAACGCGUCCGUGCUGAUCGGCAAUCUCUCGGCGAUACAGGCGGAUUCGGUGACAUCGCUGGGAUUCGAAUGCAGCGACGUGUUGUUCUUCGAGAGCCAGUUCGAGGAUCGGCACGGCUUUCUCUCGACGCUGCCGCGUCUCGUCAAGCUGCGCGUCGAUUACUGCAAGAUCCGACAUUUAUCAGGCGGUCUGUUCGCUUCGCUGCACAAUCUCCGCUCUCUGUCCCUGCGUACGCACAACGGCGACUGGUCCACCAUGACGCUGGAGCUGCAUCGCGAGGCGCUUCACGGCUUAAUGAAUCUGCAGCAUCUCGAUCUCGCCGACAACAAUCUGUGGACGUUGCCGUCGGAUCUGCUCUGCCCGGUGCGCGGUCUCACGAGCCUGAAUCUCACGCGCAACAAGUUACAGGACAUCGUGCAGCUCGGCUUCGCCGAAUGGUCUGAUCCCUGCACGCUCGUUGGUCUCGAAAUUCUCGAUAUCAGUGAUAACGACCUCAGUGCCUUGCCCGAUCAGGCUCUCAGCAGCCUGCACAGUCUGAGCGUGCUGAAGGUGCAGGAGAACGUGAUCGCCGCCGUCGGCGACCACGCGCUGGCCGGUCUUACGAACCUGCGUGUUCUAAACGUGUCUAGCAACAGACUCGUCGCACUGCCACCCGAAAUGUUUUCAAAAACCAAAGGCUUGCAGGAGCUGGUGCUCAGUAAUAAUUCCCUCACCGUGUUAGCGCCCGGACUGUUGGACAGCCUCGAGCAAUUGGAACUGUUGGAUCUCAGCGUCAACGAACUCACCAGUCAUUGGGUGAAUCGGGAUACCUUCUCGCGGCUGGUCAACCUCAUCAUCCUCGACCUGUCCUUCAACGCCCUGACCAAGAUCGACGCGUACGUCUUCAAGGGUCUGUACAACCUGCAGAUUCUCAGGCUCGAGCACAACAAUAUCGACACGCUGGUCGACGGCUGCUUCGCCUCGCUCACCAACCUGCAUACCCUCACGCUGUCGCACAACAGGAUCGCCAGAUUCGAUCCGGCGCACACGAUUGGCCUCGAUGCGGUCCGACAGCUCUUUCUCGACAGCAACAAGCUGCGCAUUCUGCACAGGCACGUCUUCACCAAUUUCACGAACCUGCAGGAUCUCUCUCUCUGCACCAACUCCCUGACGGAAGUACCUUACGCGGUGCGGUUGCUGUCCACGCUCAAGACUCUCGAUCUCGGCAGCAACCAGGUGACGCAGAUCGACAACGAGUCGUUCGCCGGCCUGAACGAGCUCUACGGGCUGCGUUUAGUGGACAAUAAACUGGAAAAUGUGUCGCGCGAAGCGUUCGCGUCACUACCGUCGUUGCAAGUGCUUAAUCUCGCGGACAAUUUUAUCCGUCACGUGGAACAAAGCGCUUUCGCGAGUAAUACGGUGCUGCAGGUGAUAAGGCUGGACGGCAAUCAAUUGACGGAGAUCCGCAGCCUCUUCACGAAUCUCGAAGCUCUCGCCUGGCUGAAUGUGUCGAAUAAUAAACUGCUGUGGUUCGACUACAGCCAUCUACCGCGCAGCAUAGACUGGUUGGAUAUACACGCGAAUCAACUGAGCGAGCUCGGCGAUUACUACAGCAUGCGCAAUCACAUGGAAAUCAAGACUCUGGACGCCAGUUACAAUCUUCUCACCGAGAUCACGGAGAACAGUAUGCCGGAUUCGGUGGAGACGGUCUUUCUCAACAACAACAAGAUAAAGCGCGUCGCGACCGGCACGUUUAUGCAGAAAAACAAUCUGAAGAAAGUGACGCUGCACGACAACAAAAUCAGGAAUCUCGACGUGAACGCUCUCGCGCUGCAAGCGAUGCCGGACGACAGGCAGCUUCCGGAGUUUUAUAUCGGCAACAAUCCCAUUCUCUGCGAUUGCGGCAUGGAGUGGCUGCCGCGAAUCAACGAGAUGGCACGCCAGCGUCAGCAUCCGCGCGUCAUGGACCUCGACGAGGUCACGUGCGACAUGGUGCACAUCCGCGCCGCGCCGCGCCGUCCGCUGCUGUCCUUGAAACCGAAGGACUUUCUCUGCCGAUACGACGCGCACUGCUUCGCGCUCUGCCAUUGCUGCGACUUCGACGCGUGCGACUGCGAGAUGACGUGCCCGGACAAUUGCUCGUGCUACCACGAUGACAGCUGGUCCAGCAACGUCGUCGACUGCUCGAACGCCGGAUACAAACACGUGCCCGAGCGGAUACCGAUGGACGCGACGGAGAUUUAUUUGGACGGCAACGAGCUGGGUGAUCUGGGCAGCCACGUAUUCAUCGGCAAACGUCGUCUCGAGGUGCUGUAUCUCAACAACAGCGGCAUCGCCGCGAUACACAAUCGCACGUUCAACGGCGUCGGCGCCCUGCGCGUCCUCCAUCUCGAGGACAACGCGCUGCGGGAGCUCCGCGGCUUCGAGUUCGAUCAGCUGGAACGCAUGUCGGAACUGUACCUGGAUCACAACGCCAUCGCCACCGUGGGAAACACGACGUUCAAGAAGAUGCGGAAACUCGAGGUGCUGCGAUUGGACAGCAAUCGCAUCGUCGACUUCCGGCCGUGGGAGGUGCUGCCGAGUGGCGACAGCACCAAAGUCGCACUGGAGGGUAACGCCUGGAGCUGCGAAUGCGUGAACGCCGCCCGGCUUCGCGCCUGGCUCGCGGAGCAUCGCGGCGAUCCUGAAAAAAUGUAUUGCCGCGACGGCAUCGAGACGCUCGCACAAGCGAUGGAGCGAUGCGGCGAUCCGUCCACGGAAGCGGUGAGUCGUGGCAUUCAGGAGAUUCCGUUGCUCGGCGGCAACUUUGUACCUCUCCUCGCCGGCGCCUUGGUGGCUGUGAUCGCCAUUUGUCUCAUCGUCGCCCUGGCCUUCGCUUUCCGGCAAGACGUCCGCCUCUGGGCUCACGCGCGCUACGGUCUACGACUCGGCAAGAUGGCAACGCCGCCCGACGAGGAAAGAGACAGACUAUACGACGGCUACAUCGUCUACAGCGAGAGCGACGAGGAUUUCGUCUCCAGGUUCCUCGCGGCCGAAUUGGAACAAGCCGGCUUGGCGCUGUGCUUGCACUGGCGCGAUCUGCCACCGGCGAGGCCGCAAGAAGCCCUGCCGCCGGCUGCGGCCGCCGCCAAACGCAUCGUCAUCAUUUUCUCGCCGGUGUUCCUGGCGAACGAGUGGCAGCACGUGGAAUUCCGCGCCGCCUUGAGGACCGCGCUCGAAAACAUCAGGCCAACCUCGCGGAAACGUCGCAUCGUGCUGCUGCUGGCCACUGAGACGCCCACCCGGGACCCGGAACUCCAGCUGCUGCUGCAAACGUGCACGGUGGUGGUCUGGGGCGAGAAAAGGUUCUGGGAGAAGCUGAGAUUCGCGAUGCCGGACUCGGUUGACAAGCGGCGUGACAGCAAGAAGGUCAACGACCGCAACCGCACGCCGACGCGGUACACCGCGGCGCCGUCUGCCGCGGUGGACGUGUGGACCAAGCCCAAUGGUGUUUUGGUCGCACCGGUGCAUCACGCGCCCACGCCUACACCCACGCAAUCUACCUACGUCAGCUCGGCGUCCAGCCGGACCGAGGACGAGGACAGCGGCGCGGAGCAUCAGCACCACCAGCACCCGCACCCGCACCAUCCGCAUCAGCAUGGCUACAGCGCGCUGCACGUCGGUAACGGCCGCCCGGCCAGUCUGUCCUCCAGGGGCAGCCAUCUCUACAGCACCAUACCGGAACCGCCGGUGCCCACCGCGCCGCCCGGGGAAGUCCUCGCCGCCGCGCAUCCGGGCAAUCCGCGUACUUACUUCGUCUAGCGCAGAAGGGCGGCGAUCGUGCUUCGAUCCGGCAGAAGAUAGACCGACCGACCGACCGACUUUCCCCUCUCCUUCUCCCAUCUACCUUUGACUUCUUCCGGUCGUCUUCGCUUCCGGUAGACGCGAUCGCCUGGCGUUCCUUCGCCAUCGAGAUGUAAGCAAAAUUUCUUCGCUUCAGGACGACGCGGUUACACUUGUACAGUAUUUCCCCGGUGCUCGCGACACAUCCCCCCCCCCCCCCGACUGAGGCGCUUCAGCUCUUCCACUUUCGAGGUCGAUCGCCCUCCCGCCCCGUGAAUCACUUCCGCGCGUCCGAACGCAUCACACGCGCGUAGUAUUACAUACGUACGAAAAUCAAUGCCUUGCGCUUAUUAUCAAUGUACGACGAUAGACUUUAACGUGGCUUGAAAUCAUUUUCCUUUUUUUUCCCUUUUCGAAUGCGAUCGUCGGACUUUGUUUCUUUCUGAUAUCUCCUUUUUCACACCGUUGCAUAAUGUUCUUCCGAAUGAUCAAAUGCUUAUUGUUUCGAAUUUAUCAGACGUGAAUUCCGAGAACUGCUUUUCUCUCGUUUCAGAUUUCGCGCAUAGUAACACGAGAGCCGCGAGAAGAAUUGAUUCUAAAUUUGUGCGCGAGUUUUUGUUUGACAAGCGAGACGUCGCUUUGUGAAGUGUAACCGAGGAUUUAUAUUAAUUUAUAAUCUUGUAUAUAUGUGGUUUUCACGCUCUUUAAUUUUUACGAAACUUCUUCUUCGUGUAUCUCUACAUCGGUUAAUUUAUUCGCCACGCUAAAUGAUGGUCAAUCAUCGAGCCUGAAAAGUAGGUUACAAACGAAGCAAUUAGGCGAAUUUUACUGGUUGCUUCAUUGCGAUCGAUGGAUCUCUAAUUCAAAUGUUUUGAUCCCUUUCAUAAACGAGGUCUCUUGAUUUAGAGUCGCGCUGUUUCAAUUUGCAUUAACUGGCAUAACUGUCAGCGAAUUCAUCAAUAUGGUUAUUUAUGUUUUGAAUGCAUACGACGAACGAUGAAUAAUGAUGAUAAUAUCUAAAUAUAGCAGCCGAUGCUAUGAUGUUCCAUACGCGAUCAUUUCGCGAAUAUUAAUUAAAUUAUUUUGGUAAUUUUUGGUUCUAGUAUUUUUUUCAUAGUGAGCGGCGUGUACGAAACAAUUAUAACAAUAAUUAUCAUGGCGUUAUGAAAGAUAAAAGAGAGAGCGAGAAUGAAAGAGAAGUGUUCUGUAUAGAUAUUUAUUUUAAAUAUUUGAACGGAUGCAUUUAUUUUAUAUCAUACACGUGAUACUUUAUUACUUUAUUAGCGAUAUAACUGUAUUAUGCGUUUGACAACUUAAUUGCGAAUAUUUAUAUCUUUUUUUUUUUCGAUGCUCGAAUAACAAUGCGUAAGCAAAGUGAUAUAUAUGUGUAUAUACGAAUAUUGUAUUUCAUCGCUUUUUUGAUCAUCCAUUUUAUUUUGAAAUGGGAAAAUCGAAAUAUUGCAGAAACCAUUUUCAUAUAGACUUAAAAAAAAAAAAAAAAAAAUCCAUUCAAAUUUCGUUAAGUACUCGCGAUAAUUUUCAACGAGACGGCUAAAAUAAAGUUAGCUCGAAUGCAAUUUUCUUUUUUUUAUUAAUCAAAAUCUCUUACGAACAAAGUUCCUCGCGCACUGACAUUUCUUUGGGGCUCGAGGCGCAUCCCUUUUCGCCAUUCCCGUCGUUCGUUCGUCAAUCGCUCGUGAUGAGAAAAGAUCGUCAGAUAUUAAGUGACAAAAGGAAAAGACAGACGUCUCGUGAGAGCUUGUUCCUAAAGAUUCACGACUGUCUUGAUAAAGUAACGGUCGCAUAACGCUUAUUAGUCCGUAAGUGAAAAAACUCUCUGUAAAUAUUGUAUCUAAUUUUUGUAAAUACUCAUGCACAUUUCCGAGCACACCGAAGACCAGCGCUGCGUAUGUUACUGGUCGUGAAUACGUCUUAACUAUAAUUGCGCGUUUAGGAGUGUAAUUCUAACUGUAUUGUAUUAUUGUAAAUACGCUCAUCGGAUCACGCAUUAUAUAUUCACAAUCUGUUAAAUAUGUAUUAAAUUAAUUGCCACUUUCCA